CAUGAUUUCAAUGCGCUUUAAAUUGGUUCAUUGGUCAACGCGCGCAGUAAGAGACAAGACCCGACCCUGGCACUUAUCAGGUGUUGCAAACACUUAUAAAAGAAGCGUGAGAGACAGCAUCGUCGGAAUUCGUUUCUGGGGCACACACUGCGACAUCUAUCUCUACCAGGAGUUAGAAACACGAUUCGCUCUCUUUUUUUUUUUUCAGUCGCUCGUUACUAGCAGACUCGCCUUGUUCUUAUUUUACACUUUGUACUCGCACGACCUUUUGUUGUUGUCGUUCGCCAUGUUCAAUAACAUCGCCAUUGUCACGGGCGCCCUCGCGGCGCUCUCCAGUGCCCUCCCCCAGGGCGAGGAGACCUUCAACAUCAAAAAUCUCGAGGGUCAACUUCCCGAUGUUGGCGACGCGUGCCACCCCAUCGGCGAGUACAAGUUCGGGGGCGACAGCUCCGUGCCGCCCUGCAUCUCUGAGCAAUGGAUUCGCUCGACCUGCGAGAAGGAGGCCGCCGACGCCGACGCUCGCAACAAGUGCCUUUUCGGUGAUGGCAGCACCUUCGAGAUCGACCAGGAAUGCUGUCUGAGCUGCAAGGUGGCAAACAACAAGCUCACCCAGGAGCGAGCCGACUUUUUCCGCGAGACACAGAUCGCAAGCUAUGCUACAUUGAAGGCGAACAAGGCGCCCACAGUGUGGGAUGCCUUCCAGGCAAACAUGAACUGGACCACUUACGAUACUCUGCCCAAGCCCGAUCCCAAUGCCAAGGUCACCAAGCUCCCGGACAACUGCCAGGUCCCCAAGAAUCAGAACCACGGCCCCCUCACCCGCCGCCCUAGUGCCGAGGCUCCCAAGAACGAGACUAUGAAGGUCGUCGACCCAGUUCCGCAGUACAUUGUUCGUCUGGUCCAUUCUGAAACAUCGGAGAAGACGGAAUCCUUCCACCAGGAGAAGGUGGUCAAGAUGGAGAUGUUCCAGAACAUUGUUGGCCUCUUCAAGCCCAAGGGCGACGACAUUUUCGUGUAUGGUUCCUACGCGCUUCCGCCCAAGGUCGCGCCCGGUGCUGUGCCCAAGAACGCCACGGAUGAGGACAAGAAGAGCCUGCGGGUGUGCACCACUUGCAAGGUGAACGCUCGGGUCAGCAUCAAGGAGUCGACUUCUGUCAUUCGUCAUCAUGAGGAGAAGACCACGACCAAGGACAUUGUCGUGCUGAAGGGAGUCCAGAAGGAAGCCAAGGGGACGGGCAAGCUCCAGCAGGAGCAGUUGGACAAUGUCCGGAAGAUGGUCGCUUCUGACAUCUCUCGCAAGGUCAAGGGCAACAAGAUCUGCAAGCGCUCCCGCAAGGCCCGCGUUUGAGGAUAGACCUCGACACCGAGAUAUCUACUUGUAGAUACUUUGGACACCUUGGAAAAGAAGGCAUAUUUGUACCAACAGCAGAUCCAUUAGCCAAUCUGAUCAUCAAGACCGUGGUAUGCCG